UAUGUCUUAUAUUUUAGGUUAUAUAUACAACUAAAGUACACUAUUGAAGGAGUCAGAAAGAAUCCAGUUUACCGAGAGCAUGUCUUAUUCCUGAGGCAAAUUAGUCUGUUCACUGCGAUUAAAUAAAUUGAAUUUCUCUCAUAUUGUUAAAAAUAUGUAGACUGAGGUAUAUGAUAAUGAGUUCUGAUUUCAGAACGUGAUUUGAAAGAUUGCAAUUUAAUGCUACUUUACACCAAAGAGCAGUACUGUAAUAUAUCUUAAAUGAUUUUGGAAAUAAAAACUUUUGUAAUAAUUUUACUUGACAAUGUUAUUCAAAAAAUAAGGAGCUUUUAGGUGCAUCAAGAUUUUGUCUGUAAUAAGUUAUUUUUGCUGAAAAUACUGUAGUGAAAUAUUAUGUUUGUAAGAUAAGUUAGAGUAGAAGAAAUCUAAGAGUUUUGUAGGUUGAGAAAUAAGUUGUUUACAUAAUGAAUGUUAAGUACCUCACUACACCGAGACUUAUCAUUUUUAAGAGACUAUGUCAUAAGAUAGCGUUUAAAUGUUUUGUUUAAAUUGUUUUUAUUGAAAGAUUGUGUUGACUAUCACCAUAGCUCAGCGGUUAAAUUAGCGGGCUUGUGAACCACAGAUCAUAAGUUUGAAUCUACCUCGGGUUUACUAUCAAAAUCAAACAAUAUUCUGCUGAUUUGAGAAACUAUUUCCAGGUGUAGUGAGCCACCUUAAAUGUACAGCUUGUUAACAAAUUUACUUGGAUGAGAACUUGGUUACUAAAAUGUUCAAAUACUUUGAGGCUUGAAAGGCUUCUCAGAAGUUUUGAUCACAUGCAAAGCAUAUGCAAUAGAGUACAAUACAGUUGUGUCAGGUAUGCAAUGUGGCCCAUGGGCCUCUUGUUUCAUUAGAAUUCGUGGUGUCUCAAUUUUUGUGGUAUUCGUUGGUAGUCCUUGUCCACAAAUUUACUUCCUCAACGAAAACUUAUUGUAAAAGGUUUGGUUUACCUACUGACAAUGAAAACUGACUCGUUCACAAAAUCACAACCCCAUGAACAAGCAAAAAUCCCGCAUUCCACGAAAAUUGACCCCCACGAAAUUAAAUGAUUCCACAGUAUCCUUACUACUAAACCAUUCGCAUUCUUGCAUUUUGUAUUGUGGUGCAUUAAAUAGAGUGUGAUUCAAUUUGUUUAAUUGGACUUUUUUGAGUAAUGAUAAUUAUUGAUUUGAUAUAAAUUUAUUCUAUCAUGAAUCAAAUUAUUCUCAAAUUAAAUUAACUUUGUUUUCUUGUAGCAUGAGGACCCCAAAUUUCCGAAAGUAUGCCAAUGGAAAGCUGAAUUUAUCAGACACACCAGCUGCAGUCUCUAUUGCCAGAGAGAACAAGGCAAGGGGAUACUGGGGGAAACCAAAGACAGAUGAACAUGUCAGAGCCAUUGCCUUGAGACAUAUUCGCCAGCAGCAUGGAGUAACCAGCAAUGAAGUUGAUGUACUGGGGCAACAUGAACUUCAGUUUGGUACUUAUAGAGGCCAAACUUUUAGGUGGAUUCUGGAAAAUUGCCUUGGAUAUGCGGGAUGGUUGGUCAUGAAAAUGGAAAUGGAGGCAGAAUCCAGCAAGGAGCAACCAAAAGACAACAAAGAACAGACCAUCAACAAACAAAAAUUUCGGAAGUACAUGAUGCACUUUCCUGAGGGACGAGAGGCAGUCAAGAUAAAGAGGGAAACUCAUUCGUCUUUGAAGCAGGCUCCUUCCCCUCAAUCGUCAUCUGUUGGGAAGUCUUCGGAACUGAAGUCCCUGGUGUUAAGCAGCCAUUUGACCCCUCACGCUCUACAGCAUAGGGCCAGGAGACUACUGUCACCGAAGAAAGUUCAGCCUACUAUACCAACAGGCAUGACUGAUAAUGCCCUCCUACAUCAUGUGCUGGAGAUGGAGAAAUCACUUUACAGUAUGUAUCCAGUAUUUACAAGUGAUAUAAUUGUUUUGAUUGAAAUAUAAAUCUCUUGAAUAAGUUUAUUCUAAUAAUAAUCAUUUUAAUAAUCUUCUGAGCUCACCUGAGAAUUUUAAGUAUGCAAGGAAAAUGUAAAAAAUAUUCUCUAAUCAGAUCGACCAGAAUACUUAGAUAAUUAUAUUCAUAUAUAGUGAAGAUUCCAGUCUGUGCAAAUCAUGAACCCUCGGGUAGGAUGGGGCCACAAUGGGGGUAAAAUUUCACACACACAAAUGAAAACAAAAGAAAUGUUUAAUAAUCUUCUACCAAUUUUAGACAA